AUGGCCCCGGUCGCACUUUCUUCUUCUUCGACUGUCCGACUCGCAGACGGUUUUCUUGUUAACACUGGGGCCCAGAUGAGGUCAGUCGUCCAACUCUCGCGGACCACUGCUACCCUAGCCCUGAUCUUCAAUUUCGAAUCAUUAACUGUUUCAGCACCCCCUAUUUUUUGCCGUAUUUCCCUCGCACUUACAAUAGGUCUCCGUCACUUGUUCUUAUGGAUCUUCGCCCCAUGUCGAUGUUUGAAAUGCAGUCCUCGGCUCUUACCUCCUAAUUGAUUUGACUUUCUUGUGAAUUUCCUACGAGUCCAAUUAAUCAACCUAAUGACAGGCUGCAGUUUAAGCACUUUUCCAGCCCCAAACAACAUAUCUGUUUAGGUAGGGAUAUGACUCACCAUUAUCUGAAGCUCCUCCCUCUCCCCCAUCAUCAAUCACAAUUUCUGUAGUUGUUGGCGAUCGCGAGGGACUGCGGAAAAUCAUACAGGAAUCCGGCUAUCCUGAACGAUUCACUCAGAUGGUGCGUCAGAUCCAUGAUGGUGUGAUAGCCUGAGUCAGGGAUAAUGGAGCUGUCUCGGAGGUAUUCGCAGUGACCAACGGAGUGAAGCAGGGAUGAGUUCUAGCGCCGUCCCUCUGCAGCCUCAAGUUGUCUGCCAUGCUGGUGGACGCGUACCGUGACGAUCGCCCGGGGAUCGGCAUCGUCUACAGAACGGAAGGUUAACUGCUAAACUACUGAACAAUGCACUUUUAAUCGCUUGUCUCCACAACGACCGUCCACGAAGUUCUGUUCGCUGAAGACUGCUCCCUCAAUGUAACUACGGAAGGAGACAUGCAAAGGAGCAUGGAUCUCUUCGCUGCAGCCUGCGAGAACUUCGCCCUGGUAAUCAACACGGAGAAGACGGUGUCACACACCAAGCGCCACCCAACACUGUCCUCAAUGCGUUGCAAAUCAGCGUGGACGGAUCCCAACUACAAGUGGUGGACAACUUAAGGUAUCUGGACAGCACCCUCGCCCGCAGCACCAAAAUCGACUGUGAAGUGUCUCGCCGGAUUUCCGAGGUCAGUCAAGUCUUCUGUCGUCUUCAAAACACAGUUUGGAAUCGUCAUGGCUUUCAACUCAGCACGAAGCUGAAGAUGUACGAGGCCGUCAUGCUGCCGACGAUGCUGUACGGAGCAGAGACCUUGACGGUGCACAUGAAGCAGGCACGUAGACACAACCACUUCCACCUCAGUGGUCUUCGUAGAAUACUGAAGGAGAGCUGCAUGACCGGAUCCCAGACGCGGAAGUAUUGGGGCGGACGAGAAUCCUCCGAAUCUACGCUGUGUUGCAACAAUUACAACUACGCUAGAGAGGCCACCUUGGACGACGAGAGGCUGCCCAAACGACCCUUCUAUGGAGAUGUCGCGAUGGGCUCAUGCCGACAAGGAGGUCAAGUACUGCGCUACAAAGUUACUCUGAAAACCUCCCUGAAGCGCCUGAAGGCCAGCCUGGCUAACUGGGGAGACCUCGCCCGGGACCGACCUACGUGGUGGAGAAAAGUGAAGACAGGCGCAGUAAUCUUCGCAGCCAACCGAAUCACCGUCGCCAAAGCCAAACGCGAGGCACACAAAUCUCAACUGCCGCCGCCGCCUUACAACGCCAACGCCCAACAGCGUCCAACAAGCCCACGAUGUCAACGGACAUUCGGGGCGCCAAGUGGACUUGUUGGACACCUGCGGACCAACUUCAUCCCUCCAGACUUCACCAACUGUCUCCUCUCUGUCCAAAUCUCCCUCGCUUCACUCGCCGCCAGCUAA